CGCCCUCUCCUGCCCCGGCCAUGGGGAGGCGCCGCCGGGCCCGGGAGCCGCCCGCCCGCCUGGUGCUGCUGGCGCUGGCGCUGGCCUCCGGCUCGGCGCUGCUGCUGGCCUCGCUCAGCCUCCUGCUGGCCGCCUGGCCCCGAUCCAGCGCCCGCGCCGCCCAGCAAGAAGCGCCGCCCGCCGCCGCCGCCGCGGUGCCACAGGAGCUGCUGUCUGAGGAUGACGCCGAAGAGCUGGACCCGGUGGUGCUGUCUACCGGCUGGAGCAGCCAAGGCAAGUUCCUGCACCAUUUUGCCCAGCAGGGGGCGCUGCGGCAGAGGAGACAGGCUGCCAAAGGCAAGCGCUCCCGGCCUCGGAGACCCAGCACUGUCUCAGCUGCGCACUACGAAGUGCAGCCCACUGAAGGACGAGCUGGGAUCCAGGCAGAUGCCGACGGGACCAUCCGCGGGUGGGUGGAAGCUAAACUCAACACGACGAGCCCCCUCCGUUACGACAGCAGCCGGGGCGAAUUCAGAGUGGCCAAGAGGGGCCUCUAUUACCUGUACUGCCAGGUCCAUUUCAACGAAGGGAAGACCAUCUACAUGAAGCUGGACAUCAUGUUAGACGGCGAGCUGGCCCUGCGCUGCCUGGAGCAGUUCCCCCCCACCAGCUCUGGGCCCCAGGACCCCGAACUUCGCGUCUGCCAGGUCUCCGGCCUGGUCCUGCUCCGGCCCGACGAAUCCAUCCGGGUCCGCACCAUUGCCAACGUCCGCCUCAAGGCUGACCGUUACCUCACCUACUUCGGUCUCUUCCAAGUCCACUGAGACGAGGGGCGUCGAGAGGGAGGAGCUGGAUGGUGCGCCCUCGCCCUUCGGGGAGCUGGAUGUGGGGGUUCAGAGAGGAAGGGGGCAGGAGCCGCUACGGACUCGAUUCCUGCGUUGUGCGGGGUUGGACUGGAUGACCCUCAGGGUCCCUUUCACUUCUACGGUUGUAGGACUCCCUGCGUUCAGUCUUUCGGCCUUCCCGGCUCCCAGAUCGGAGCAGCGCCGACGAUUCGUUCCCCCUCCUCUUCCGAUCUGGAACUUCCCAUUUCGGUCCCACUAAAGAGGCCUUGGUCCAUUCUUGUGGCGGGGAAAAGCUGCGUGCCCCGCUGCGGCCAGAAGCAGCCUUGCCACCCGUCCCAGGCUUGGGAUCCCGUUGUUGCGAACAGGUGGGCCUCAGCCAUUGCGAUUUGUGAUUCCUGCGUCGCAUUGCAGGGGGUUGGUUUGGAUGACCCUCGGGGUCCCUUCCAACUCUUUGAAAACAGAAGCCACAAACCAAAAAGAGAGAAAGGAAAGAGGAACUGGGUCGUUUGCAUGGGCUCCCUAGACGGUUGCUCCAUUUCCUUCUGGGAACUGUAUUUUUCGCUGCUACACUUCUGCCUCUGCCGGGAUCUGUGCCUUCCUAAAUUUACAACGCCUCGUGUUCCCUACGUUAUUCUGCUUUGUUUUCCGUUUCCUUUUCCGAUUUUGUUUCUUGGAAGCUGCUGGACAUUUGCCGUGGGUUGGGCUAGAUGACGCCCCCAAAAUCUCUGCAAUUCUACGAUUGUUUCAAAAGCCGUCCUGCUGGCACGGAGAGAAAGAGUCGCUGCUGAGGACCCUCCCAGCUUCAGCCCUUCUGACAUAUAUACUGCUUCAUGCCAUGCGCAGUAUAUAACGCAAAGUUUAGAGGCACAUCUUGUACAUAGAGACUGCAGUUCGGGCAGCGGCCAGCAGGAGGCGACAAAGACACCCACAGGAACAGGAAGCGGCCUGCUUUGGUGGAUCCCGCCCAUUCCAGCCAGUCGAGGGCCAAUGGGAUUCAAAGAAGCUUCCCAUUGGCCGCGGAGAGCAAAAGGGGAUUUUUCAAAGGACAACACAUAGGCUGACGCCUCUGUCCCUGCAGAUAGAUAGAUAUACAGUAUAAUCUCUGCUAGCCAGUGCCGGACUUGGAUAGGGGAGGAGGGCCUGAUCCUGAUGGACGGAAAGUGAUGCUGCUGUUACAUUACCUGUUCAUACCUGGGGCAGUGGGAGGGGCUGGGGUUUUAAUGACCUGUUAAUAACAGAAGAAAAGCCUUCUUAAAAAAAUAAUAAUAACA